AUGAGGCCAAAGAUUUACCUUUUUGGUGACUCAAUCACCGAGGAGUCUUUCGGUGAUGGUGGCUGGGGUGCCUCUCUUGCCCAUCAUUUCUCUCGCACGGUUGACGUGGUGCUAAGAGGGUACAGUGGCUACAACACGAGGUGGGCUCUGCAAGUUUUGGAGAGGGUCUUUCCGAUGAGCAGUGAAAACAGAGAAGAUGCCCCACUAGCUGUCACCGUCUUCUUUGGCGCUAAUGACGCUUGCCUCCCCGAUAGGUGCUCUGCUUUUCAACACGUGCCUGUCAACGAGUACAAGCAAAAUCUCCACUCCAUUGUCUCCUUUCUCAAGAAGCGAUGGCCUACGACUCGCAUUCUCCUUAUCACCCCUCCUCCAAUCAAUGAAGAUGGGCGCCUUCAACAUCCCUAUAUUGAUAAUCCAUCCAAUCUGCCUGAGAGGACAAAUAAAGCUGCUGGUGCUUAUUCAGAGGCAUGUGUUGCUGUAGCUCGAGAAAGUGGGAACCCAGUAAUAGAUCUUUGGACUAAAAUGCAGCAGUUUCCUGACUGGGAAAAAGCUCAUCUAAGGGAUGGCUUGCACCUUACUCCGCAGGGGAACAUGGUUGUGAUUGAGGAGGUGGUUCUGAAGCUGAAGAACGAAGGCUUGAGUCUAGAAUCUUUGCCAGUUGAUCUCCCACUUAUAAAUAACAUAGACCCUAAAGACCCUCUUAAGGCUUUUCAAAAUUGA